UGGAACGAAUUUUCGCUUGUAUGCAUAAAGCUCAAGACAUUAACGGUCAUUAUCACCUGAUUUUUGUCGUUAUUGAUAUUGAUAAUGAUUGGGAGCAGAUGAUCAUUCGGGUGUUAACAAAUUGGUAUUAUCGGAAAUCUUAUCAAUAUUUA